UGUUGCCUCUUUAUUAUCUAUAUAUAUAUAUACAUAGGCCAAAGCUCACAUGCGCUCGCCAUUGUACCGACGUCUUCUCGCCCCCACUACCUACCACAACUAAACCUCUGGCUUGUUAGCUAUUUUCUGUGGUAGCCCUGUUAGCAGAGGAAAAAAAUAAUUGCAGGAGAAAAUGGCAGCCGAGGAGGGAAUACUUUUAGGAAUGGGGAAUCCCCUCUUGGAUAUCUCCUCCGUUGUGGACCAGGAGUUCUUGGACAAAUAUGAUAUAAAGCUGAAUGAUGCCAUUCUUGCAGAGGAGAAGCACUUGCCAAUGUAUGAAGAGAUGGCAUCGAAGUUUAAUGUAGAAUAUAUUGCUGGAGGCGCCACACAAAAUUCAAUCAGGGUUGCUCAGUGGAUGCUUCAAAUUCCUGGGGUAACCAGUUACAUGGGUUGCAUUGGAAAAGACAAGUUUGGGGAGGAAAUGAAGAAAAACUCUGCACAAGCUGGUGUAAAUGUUCAUUAUUAUGAGGACGAGUCUGCUCCAACGGGUACUUGUGCUGUUUGUGUUGUUGGUGGUGAAAGGUCACUUGUUGCUAACUUGUCAGCUGCAAACUGCUAUAAAUCUGAACACCUGAAGAGACCAGAAAAUUGGGCCUUAGUUGAAAAGGCCAAGUACUACUAUAUUGCUGGAUUCUUCCUCACUGUUUCCCCAGAGUCUAUCCAGCUUGUUGCUGAGCAUGCAGCUGCGAAGAACAAGGUUUUCAUGAUGAAUCUUUCUGCGCCAUUUAUUUGUGAAUUUUUCAAGGAUGUACAAGAAAAAGUUCUUCCGUAUAUGGACUAUGUUUUUGGAAAUGAGACAGAAGCAAGAACCUUUUCAAAAGUCCAUGGCUGGGAGACUGAUAAUGUUGAAGAAAUAGCUGUGAAAAUUUCACAAUGGCCCAAGGCAUCAGGAACCCACAAAAGAAUCACUGUCAUUACUCAGGGUGCUGAUCCAGUUGUUGUUGCAGAGGAUGGGAAGGUCAAGCUGUUCCCUGUGAUAAAGUUGCCAAAAGAGCAACUUGUCGAUACCAAUGGGGCAGGUGAUGCUUUUGUUGGAGGGUUUUUGUCACAAUUGGUUCGAGAGAAACCCAUUGAGGAUUGCGUUAGGGGUGGUUGCUAUGCAGCAAAUGUCAUCAUUCAGCGGUCUGGCUGCACCUACCCUGAGAAGCCUGAUUUUAAUUAAGGCAUCAUUUUUUUUUUUAAUUCAAGUAGUUUCUCUUUUUCUUUAUGCAUUUGGCCUAUUGUGAAACUCAUUGUUGGCAUAGUCCUACAUCUAUUUGCUCCGCUCAUCUUGGUUGCACUAUUUCCUCGAUUUUCACCUAAUGAUCAACGGGAUUCGUUUGUUACCCAUCUUAUUAGAUGCGUAUUCUUCUUAUUGUUGGUGACGUUCCUAUAGUUGUCAACUAUUUGGAGGGCACACUAGCUGCUUGUCUCCAAUGGUUUUAUAAAUUGAUCAUAUUACUAUUGUACCCGGAUUA